CGUCCCGUUCGCAGUAAACAAAAACCGUUUUGGGAUUAUUAAUUUAAUGAGAUUCUUAGCCAUAAAUCAGACGUUUUAAUUUUGCGCAUCUGAAUGUGCAUUCGAAAUGUGUAAUUAGUUGAAUAAGCAGAGAUUUUUGUCGUCGCGCAGCAACCAAUACGAAAGCAAAAAUAGUAAUAAAACGAAAUGAAAAAAAUGAAUAAUGUAAAACCUUUGCACUUAUGCAUGCGGUACUGCAAAUACUAAUUAAAAAAAAACAACAUUAAAUAAAGCAGUUUAUAUUGCGGAACUUGAAAAGAUAAUCAAGGAAACGAGCAGUCGGCACAGGGGACAAAAAGCGCUAAGCAAAUACUCGCCAAACAGUGUCAACAGCGUAGACGUGAGAUUUAUCAUGAACAAACACUAAAAAUAACUAAUAAGUAAGCAAGCAGUGCCAGAUAGUAAUUAUGCUUGACCCUGGCAGUCCAACAAUAGACCAAGCGCCAACAUCUUUGUUGCUGUCCUCAGGCUGACUAAAAACAAAAACAACAAGUAAUCGUUUUCAGUCGCAACGCGAACGCCGCGCCGGCUGCACAACAAAGCGCGUAGUUCUUGGACACAGGAAUCGCCACAGACACAGACGGAACAAAACGAAACGAGAACGGAACGGAACGAACACGCACCCACAACACUCACCACUCUCUCUCUCUGUAAACCGAGAUAAGCCCUCAGAGCAAAGAUGGUGGCCGUUGGCAACGUACACAAUACGCGCAUAUUGCGCUUCCUGCUCGUGCUGAUCGUCGUCGUGCUCACCAUCUUUAUCUACACCUCAUAUUCAACAACAACGACGCUAACGACUACGCAUAUGCAUACGGUGCCUAUGCCACCAACGCCGCUGCCGCUUAAUGCACGUCAGCAGCAGUCGCAGUCGGCAGAGCAGCCAGCUGUGGUGGUGCUCAAUAGCACUGGUGAGUUUGGACUCGUGCAGUCCCAGGAUGAGCUGGCCAAAGUGAAAGACAAACUCGAGCAUAAGAAAGCUGCCUCGCAUCGUCUGCCCACCAUUGAUGAGGAUGCUUUGCUUGAUGGCGGCGCUGCUGGCGCUAGCGCCAUGACGGGCAGCGAACAGCAGGCGCAGAAUAUGGCAGAUGAGCUGCUGGAGGAGCAACAGUAUGUGCAAAAUGUAGAAGCUAUAACAGGCAACAUCAACAAUAACAUCAACAACAACAACAAUGCCAGCGCUGCAGCUGCUGCGCCACCCUCACCACAACAACAACAGCAAUCAGAUGCUGAUUCACUCAUGAUACCUACAUCCAAUUUACAAAAAUUCAUCGAGAACGCCGAUAAGAUACUGAAGAACAUUACUUCCAACAGCAGCAAUACACAACCAGCGGCGGCAGCGGCAGCAGCAGCAGCAGGUGUUGCUUCGCCCAAUGAUCAACGCACGGAUAAAAACAAUCAACCUUCUGGGCCGGAGGAAACGCUCGAUGUGGAAGCACCUUCCAAUGCUGUUAUGCAGGUGAAGCAGCAAGAGGCUAAGGUGGAAGCACCAGCGCCACCACCAAUUGUGCCACAUGUACCCAUUGCUAAAAGCAGACCCAAGCCGAAGCCACUGCCAGCGCGCAGCACUGCACCCGUAGAUCCCUCCAAGGGCAUACCAGCUGAACACAUCUACGAAAGCGGGCAUCUAAUCGAUGAGAUUGAUGUGGAACGCAUUUGUCCAUUGCAGGGCAUCAAUAUACUGCUGCUGGUAUUGAUAACCUCGGCACAAUCGCAUGCUGAGGCGCGCAUGUCCAUUCGUCAGACCUGGGGCCACUACGGCACACGUCGGGACAUUGGCAUGGCCUUUGUGCUAGGACGUGGCACCAAUGAGACGCUCAAUCAAGCGCUAACCGAUGAGAAUUAUAUGUAUGGCGAUCUCAUACGUGGCAAUUUUAUUGAUUCCUAUAAUAAUCUGACGCUGAAGACCAUGUCCUCGCUGGAGUGGGCGGAUCAGUAUUGUCAGCGUGCCAAAUAUAUACUCAAGACAGAUGAUGAUAUGUUCAUCAAUGUGCCCAAGCUGUUGAAGUUUCUCAAGCAGCUGGAGAGCCACAGUCACAAACGUGUGAUCUACGGUCGUCUGGCCAAGAAAUGGAAACCCGUGCGCAACAAGAAGUCCAAGUAUUAUGUGUCCGUCGAUCAGUUUCCACCUGCAGUGUUUCCAUCAUUCACCACGGGUCCGGCUUAUGUGAUGACGGGCGACAUAGUGCAUGAACUUUAUGCAGCAUCACUGAAGACUGUUUAUCUGAAGCUGGAGGAUGUCUUCACCACGGGCAUUGUGGCACAAAAUUUGGGCAUAGAGCGUCUGCAUGUCAAUGAGUUUGUCAAUCGACGCAUCUCGUUUAAUCCUUGCAACAUACGCAAUGCAAUUAGUGUGCACAUGAUCAAGUCGAAUGAACAGUUUGAUCUCUGGAAGAAGCUGCUGGAUCAGACUACCAAGUGUAAAUAGUAUUUUAGGAUUAGACUGUAAACAGCCACAUUAAAAUAUACAUAUUACUUAUAUACAUACAUAUAUAGUAAAAAGGAGAUUUAGCAACAGAAAGAAACAAAAAAGAUAAGGCAGCUAUUAGCAGCAGUUAGUUAUUUAGCAUUACUUUAGUCUCGUAAGUCUCUUUAGAAGUGUCUCUUGUGUCUACUUUCGAGUUACAUACAUAUAUGCAUAUAUAAAUAUUUACUUUAAUGUACCAUGGUUACGCCUAUAUAUUUUUAAAUUAUAUUUUGUAGACUAAUUUAAGCAUUAUAAAUGCCAUUAAUUAACUGAUUAUUUAGCUAUAACUGUGGUUUAAGCAUUAGACACACAUCCACAUCUUAGAAACUUAUUGUGCGGUAAAAUGUUAAAUAUUUUACAAAAAACGAAACAGUCUCAAAAAAAAUAAUGGUCAAACUA